AUGCAUACUACUACUACUACUACUACUACUACUACUACUACUACUACUACUACUACUACUACUACUACUACUACUACUACUACUACUACUACUACUACUACUACUACUACUACUACUACUACUACUACUACUACUACUACUACUACUACUACUACUACUACUACUACUACUACUACUACUACUACUACUACUACUACUACUACUACUACUACUACUACUACUACUACUACUACUACUACUACUACUACUACUACUACUACUACUACUACUACUACUACUACUACUACUACUACUACUACUACUACUACUACUACUACUACUACUACUACUACUACUACUACUACUACUACUACUACUACUACUACUACUACUACUACUACUACUACUACUACUACUACUACUACUACUACUACUACUACUACUACUACUACUACUACUACUACUACUACUACUACUACUACUACUACUACUACUACUACUACUACUACUACUACUACUACUACUACUACUACUACUACUACUACUACUACUACUACUACUACUACUACUACUACUACUACUACUACUACUACUACUACUACUACUACUACUACUACUACUACUACUACUACUACUACUACUACUACUACUACUACUACUACUACUACUACUACUACUACUACUACUACUACUACUACUACUACUACUACUACUACUACUACUACUACUACUACUACUACUACUACUACUACUACUACUACUACUACUACUACUACUACUACUACUACUACUACUACUACUACUACUACUACUACUACUACUACUACUACUACUACUACUACUACUACUACUACUACUACUACUACUACUACUACUACUACUACUACUACUACUACUACUACUACUACUACUACUACUACUACUACUACUACUACUACUACUACUACUACUACUACUACUACUACUACUACUACUACUACUACUACUACUACUACUACUACUACUACUACUACUACUACUACUACUACUACUACUACUACUACUACUACUACUACUACUACUACUACUACUACUACUACUACUACUACUACUACUACUACUACUACUACUACUACUACUACUACUACUACUACUACUACUACUACUACUACUACUACUACUACUACUACUACUACUACUACUACUACUACUACUACUACUACUACUACUACUACUACUACUACUACUACUACUACUACUACUACUACUACUACUACUACUACUACUACUACUACUACUACUACUACUACUACUACUACUACUACUACUACUACUACUACUACUACUACUACUACUACUACUACUACUACUACUACUACUACUACUACUACUACUACUACUACUACUACUACUACUACUACUACUACUACUACUACUACUACUACUACUACUACUACUACUACUACUACUACUACUACUACUACUACUACUACUACUACUACUACUACUACUACUACUACUACUACUACUACUACUACUACUACUACUACUACUACUACUACUACUACUACUACUACUACUACUACUACUACUACUACUACUACUACUACUACUACUACUACUACUACUACUACUACUACUACUACUACUACUACUACUACUACUACUACUACUACUACUACUACUACUACUACUACUACUACUACUACUACUACUACUACUACUACUACUACUACUACUACUACUACUACUACUACUACUACUACUACUACUACUACUACUACUACUACUACUACUACUACUACUACUACUACUACUACUACUACUACUACUACUACUACUACUACUACUACUACUACUACUACUACUACUACUACUACUACUACUACUACUACUACUACUACUACUACUACUACUACUACUACUACUACUACUACUACUACUACUACUACUACUACUACUACUACUACUACUACUACUACUACUACUACUACUACUACUACUACUACUACUACUACUACUACUACUACUACUACUACUACUACUACUACUACUACUACUACUACUACUACUACUACUACUACUACUACUACUACUACUACUACUACUACUACUACUACUACUACUACUACUACUACUACUACUACUACUACUACUACUACUACUACUACUACUACUACUACUACUACUACUACUACUACUACUACUACUACUACUACUACUACUACUACUACUACUACUACUACUACUACUACUACUACUACUACUACUACUACUACUACUACUACUACUACUACUACUACUACUACUACUACUACUACUACUACUACUACUACUACUACUACUACUACUACUACUACUACUACUACUACUACUACUACUACUACUACUACUACUACUACUACUACUACUACUACUACUACUACUACUACUACUACUACUACUACUACUACUACUACUACUACUACUACUACUACUACUACUACUACUACUACUACUACUACUACUACUACUACUACUACUACUACUACUACUACUACUACUACUACUACUACUACUACUACUACUACUACUACUACUACUACUACUACUACUACUACUACUACUACUACUACUACUACUACUACUACUACUACUACUACUACUACUACUACUACUACUACUACUACUACUACUACUACUACUACUACUACUACUACUACUACUACUACUACUACUACUACUACUACUACUACUACUACUACUACUACUACUACUACUACUACUACUACUACUACUACUACUACUACUACUACUACUACUACUACUACUACUACUACUACUACUACUACUACUACUACUACUACUACUACUACUACUACUACUACUACUACUACUACUACUACUACUACUACUACUACUACUACUACUACUACUACUACUACUACUACUACUACUACUACUACUACUACUACUACUACUACUACUACUACUACUACUACUACUACUACUACUACUACUACUACUACUACUACUACUACUACUACUACUACUACUACUACUACUACUACUACUACUACUACUACUACUACUACUACUACUACUACUACUACUACUACUACUACUACUACUACUACUACUACUACUACUACUACUACUACUACUACUACUACUACUACUACUACUACUACUACUACUACUACUACUACUACUACUACUACUACUACUACUACUACUACUACUACUACUACUACUACUACUACUACUACUACUACUACUACUACUACUACUACUACUACUACUACUACUACUACUACUACUACUACUACUACUACUACUACUACUACUACUACUACUACUACUACUACUACUACUACUACUACUACUACUACUACUACUACUACUACUACUACUACUACUACUACUACUACUACUACUACUACUACUACUACUACUACUACUACUACUACUACUACUACUACUACUACUACUACUACUACUACUACUACUACUACUACUACUACUACUACUACUACUACUACUACUACUACUACUACUACUACUACUACUACUACUACUACUACUACUACUACUACUACUACUACUACUACUACUACUACUACUACUACUACUACUACUACUACUACUACUACUACUACUACUACUACUACUACUACUACUACUACUACUACUACUACUACUACUACUACUACUACUACUACUACUACUACUACUACUACUACUACUACUACUACUACUACUACUACUACUACUACUACUACUACUACUACUACUACUACUACUACUACUACUACUACUACUACUACUACUACUACUACUACUACUACUACUACUACUACUACUACUACUACUACUACUACUACUACUACUACUACUACUACUACUACUACUACUACUACUACUACUACUACUACUACUACUACUACUACUACUACUACUACUACUACUACUACUACUACUACUACUACUACUACUACUACUACUACUACUACUACUACUACUACUACUACUACUACUACUACUACUACUACUACUACUACUACUACUACUACUACUACUACUACUACUACUACUACUACUACUACUACUACUACUACUACUACUACUACUACUACUACUACUACUACUACUACUACUACUACUACUACUACUACUACUACUACUACUACUACUACUACUACUACUACUACUACUACUACUACUACUACUACUACUACUACUACUACUACUACUACUACUACUACUACUACUACUACUACUACUACUACUACUACUACUACUACUACUACUACUACUACUACUACUACUACUACUACUACUACUACUACUACUACUACUACUACUACUACUACUACUACUACUACUACUACUACUACUACUACUACUACUACUACUACUACUACUACUACUACUACUACUACUACUACUACUACUACUACUACUACUACUACUACUACUACUACUACUACUACUACUACUACUACUACUACUACUACUACUACUACUACUACUACUACUACUACUACUACUACUACUACUACUACUACUACUACUACUACUACUACUACUACUACUACUACUACUACUACUACUACUACUACUACUACUACUACUACUACUACUACUACUACUACUACUACUACUACUACUACUACUACUACUACUACUACUACUACUACUACUACUACUACUACUACUACUACUAAUACUACUACUACUACUACUACUACUACUACUACUACUACUACUACUACUACUACUACUACUACUACUAGUAGUAAUACUGUUAUUCUGGGGUUUAAUUAA